AUGGCCAAAGCUCAUCUAGAGGUGCAUCCCAACGCAUCCAUGUUGGUGCUCGAUUCCGCCAAGUCAGUCGGCGGCGUGUGGGCGAAAGAGCGGCUGUACCCAGGCCUGAAAACGAACAAUCUACUUGGAUCAUAUGAAUUCUCGGACUUUCCCAUGAGUCCUGGGAGAUUCGACGUCCGGCCAGGGGAGCACAUCUCUGGAGACGCUGUCCACGACUACCUUGAACAAUUUGCCAAUCACUUUGGCAUAGCCUCGCGGCUGCGUCUUGGGCAUACGGUCGAGUCGGCAGAGCUCCUCGACAGCGGAGACUGGCUGUUGCAGGUGGUUUCAGUAGAUCUUAAACCAUCUAGACCUCCAAUCGAACGAGUUAUAGCUCGCAAGAUGGUCGUGGCUACUGGUUUAACAUCAAAACCCUACAUACCCACGUUUUCGGGACAGGAUUUAUUCAAUCGCGACUUGUUCCACGCAAAAGAGCUUAGCCAACGUUCAAACUCAUUGAAACAAGCCAAGCAUGUCGUUGUCAUCGGUGGCAACAAGUCGGCAUGGGAUGCAUGCUUCUCGGUGGCCGAAGCUGGUGCGCAGGCGCACAUGAUUAUCAGGCCGUCUGGCGGUGGUCCUAGUUGGGUCUGGCCGGUGUUAUUUUCGCCCUUGAAAUUAUCCAUACAACGCCUGGCCUCCACGAGGUUUGCUACUUGGUUCGAUCCAUGUAUCUGGACGGAGAAGAAGGGGCUGACUGGCUGGAUACGACGCUUCCUACACGAAACCAGGCUUGGGAGAAUAUUUGUGUCUGCAUUCUGGAGGCUUCUCCAAUACUACGCAUACAAGUCUCAUCGUUACAAUGAUCACCCCGAGACGCAAAAGCUGAAACCUUGGGUGAAUCCGUUCUGGAUGGGAAAUUCAUUAAGCAUUCACAACUAUUCAUCCUCUUGGUUCGAUCUGGUCCGUCAAGGCCGGAUCACUAUCCACAUAGCGGAUGUCGGACGGUUAUCCGAGGGCAGAGUGCACCUUUCAGAUGAUACAACACUCGAUGCUGACGCCCUAGUCUGUUGUACCGGUUGGAUUCAAAAACCAUCAAUACAAUUUCUUCGCAAUGGAACAAACUCGAAGAUUGGCCUUAACACUCGUGAAACGGAAGUUAUGAAUCAAGUGGCAAUGGCGCGCAAGGAGAUAUAUCAUCGGAUGCCUGCCUUGAGACAGCCGCCUCGGAUAAUCAGGACGCGCGAGACGCCACAAGCUACACUCGAUGUUUCCAACAGGUGUUUACAGACAGAACACCGCUUUCAGCUGUACCGAUUCAUCAUUCCCGCCGACGGCGACACUCUGCGUCAUAAGAAUCUUGCAUUCAUUGGCUCGCACCUUGCGUUGACUGCUGUCAUGAUCUCGCAACUGCAAGCCCUGUGGAUCACUGCAUUCUUUUCUAAUGAGAUAAACACACUGAAGACGUCAAACAUUGACUUUGCCAGAGUCAUGUAUGAGACUAUUCUCCAUAACGAAUAUACACGCAUCAGACACCCACCAACUGCUGGAGGGUGCGGCGAAAGGUGCCCCGACCUCACAUUCGAUUGUCUACCAUAUAUGGAUCUUCUCAUGCAGGAUCUCGGAUUGAAUCCAUUCAGAAGGUACAAGAGAGAUGGGUUCUGGUCUGAGAUUUGUGGACGGUACAUGCCCAGUGACUACAAGGGUAUUGUUCAAGAAUGGAUGGACACGAAGCGACCUCAAUCAUAA